AUGAGCAGCAUCGCGGCCGUCGGGGAGAGCUACCAGAAGUUCAACCCCAGAGCCUACCUCCAAAACAACUACAUGCCCCCCCGGGCCAACUUCAGCUCCGAGGACUGCGUGGUGCCCUGGAAGCUGCGGUGCCUGGCCGAUGCCUUCGCCACAGGUGACAUCCACGGCCGCACCCUGAUCGACAUUGGCUCCGGCCCCACCAUCUACCAGCUCCUGAGUGCCUGCGACCACUUCGAGGAGAUCAUUGCCACCGACUACCUGGAGGUGAACCGGGAGGUGCUGCGCCGGUGGGUGCAGGACGAGCCUGACAGCUUCGACUGGAGCCCGUACAUCAAACACGUCUGCCGGAUUGAGGGCAAAGGAGAGCAGUGGAAGGAGAAAGAGCAGAAGCUGAGAGGGAAACUGAGGCAGAUCCUGCCCAUCGACGUCCACCAGCCCGAGCCGCUGGGCUCCCAGUUCUGCCAGCCAGCUGACGCCCUGGUCUCCACCUUCUGCCUGGAGGCGGUGAGCCCCGACCGGCCAAGCUUCGAGAGAGCCCUGCAUAACGUCACCACCUUGCUGCAGCCCAGGGGCCACUUCCUCCUCAUUGGCGCCCUGGAGGAGACUUUCUACCUGGCCGGUGAGGCCAAGCUCUCGGUGGUGCCGGUGAGCGAGCCCGAUGUCAGGGAGGCCUUGAGCAAGACUGGCUACCACAUCCACGACUUCCGAACCUACCUCAUGCCGCCUGGCUUGAAAAUCGGCGUGGAUGACGUGAGUGGGGUCUUCUUUGUCCACGCACAGAAGGCAGCUGUGGCCUGAGGCCCAUAGCAAGGCAGGCCUGGGCAAUCCUCUUGUUCUUUGCUAAGAUGCACGUCCCACAGCAGAGUGAAGCUUGGUAGCUAGAAAUGCAAUAGAUGCAUCCAUCCUAGGCAGAUAACCUGAGAUGCUGUGCAAUUCUCCUUAACACCUCCUCCACCAGAGCUCUUCUCCUUUGCAUGUGGUAGCUGAUUUAGCAGUGAAGGGGUUAAAUAAAACUGGAGGCAGGUGGAUUAGCUGGUUCUCUGAGAGUCUCUCCAUUCAUAAAUUCUAGGCUUCUAUUAAUGGCAGGUCCUGUUCCCCUGUAUCUGCAUGGCUUGAGCAGCUACUGGAGUAUCAGGCAGGGUUGGCUUGCUAUAGCACCCAGGUUCUCCUUGUGCCAUACAAAGAGUGAAAUCCUACUUGGGGCAUGCACUUCUAGAGCCCCUCCCUAUCGGCUCUGGAUGCUUUUACAGCACUUCGGGGGGUUCAAAAUGCUUACAUCAUUCAAUUAAUCUGCAUACCAGCCUGUGAAGCAGCUCUGCCUUACCACCCUUGUUUUAUAAACAGGGAAACUGAGUCACAGAACCAAGUAGGGGUGAGUUAGAGAGCGAGAGCUGGGAUUAGAACUCAGCCAGUUCCUGAUCCUCCACUCA